CCUAUGGCGCUACGCUGGGGCGCUCCGGUCCCGCUGCUCCGAGGAGCCGGCCGCCCUGCGCGCGGGGGACGCCUUCGAUCCGGUCGGCCGCCGACCCGCGAGAGCCAGAAAUAAGAGGAAGAAACUGAGAAGCUGAAAAGCAACCAUGGCAUCAGAUGCUAGUCACAUGCUUGAGGCUGCCCUGGAGCAGAUGGAUGGGAUUAUUGCAGGCACCAAAUCGGCCGCUGAACACAGCAAUGGCGCCUAUGAUGUUGGGCUGCCCUCCCAAUCCCCGUACAUCAACAUGUUCCCAGUACUUCAUCUCGUUGAGGAUCUGAGGCUGUCACUAGAGAUGCUGGGGGAUCCAAAAGAGAAAGAGACCCUCCGGACUCAGAUCCCAGAGCCCACUGCAGCCUACAUAAAGGAGUGGCUUGAGGGAAAUCUGUCCCAGGUAAGCCACCCGGCUGCAGUCACGAAUGAAACCUAUCAGGAGCGCUUGGCCCAAUUGGAAGGCGACAAGGAAUCUCUCAUGUUACAGGUGAGUGUCCUGACUGACCAGGUGGAGGUCCAGGGUGAGAAGAUCCGGGACUUGGAAGUCUGCCUGGAAGGACACCAGGUGAAACUCAAUGCAGCUGAAGAGAUGCUUCAACAGGAGCUGCUGAGCCGCACAUCACUGGAGGCCCAGAAGCUAGAGCUGACAGCAGAGGUGUCAGAACUGAAGCUCCGGCUGGUCGGCAUGGAGAGGGAGCAGAAGGAGCAGGAGGAGAAGCAGAGGAAAGCGGAGUUAGUAGUGAAUCUGAUCAGUGACCUACAGGAGCAGAUGUGUAGACUACAGCUGGAAAUCAGUAGCCAAAUUCAAGAGAGAAUGUUGCAGGACAGGGACCACAUGGAUGAAUGUAGCCCUCAGGAGAGCCCCCAGGCCAGCAGCCCCGAUGGCUUGCCUGAAUUGCUACAGGAACUCAAACAUCUUAAAAUUAAGGUGGAAGAGCUGGAGAGUGAGCGAAAUCAGUAUGAAUGGAAGCUAAAGGCAACAAAGGCGGAGAUCGCCCAGCUGCAAGAGCAGUUGGCAUUGAAGGAUGCAGAAAUCGAGCGCCUCCACAGUCAGCUCUCCAGGACCGUGGCCUGUUCCGAAAGCACGGAAAGAGAGAGAGUUUGUAAGAGAAGGCUAAAGGAAAAAUAUCAAGAAGUUCAACGUCUAAAAAUAGGAAUGGAGACUUUGCUCGUUGCAAAUGAAGAAAAGGACCGCAGGAUAGAGGAGCUCACAUUGUUACUGAGCCAGUAUCGAAGAGUAAAGGAGAUCAUGCUAGGAGCUCAUGGGUCUUCAGAGAGAAUCCUUUCCAGUGGGGAAGAAGAACUAGAGGGAUCUUUCAGGAAGUGGAAUAUGGUGAACAAAUCCCCAGGAGAAACAGUGAAGCUGGAGAUGGUUCCAAGAUGUACCUCCCCUAACUUGGGGGCUCCUCCUCUGCCUCAGAAAACUCUGGAAACAAGUGGAAGCAUCCUGGACACCAGCAAUGGUCAUAUUUCCCACUGUGAAGAGGAUUCUCUGGAAACGCAAAGCAGGACUCAGGAAAAACUGUCCAGUAGUCUAGAAGAUUUGCAAAAUAGCUCUGUGGAAAAGUAUGGAGAUGGAAAACCGCCUGUUGCAGGAUCUGAGGACACCCUAUUCCUAGGGGAGAACAAAUAUCAAACAUUACCAGGGAAGCUUCCUGGAACUACCCACAAUGGAGAGCCUGUAACCUCGAUCCCAUCCACUUCUCAGACAUCAGGGAGCAGCCUGCCAAGCCUGACUCGUGGCCGGAGUGUCAGUGCACCGAUAUUAGGAGAAACUGAGAGCAAUUUGGAUACCACUGUCACAUCAAAUGACCUUUCACCCGUGUCAUCUGGAACCGAUUCGGGGCCCCAGUCUCCACUAACUCCAGAAAUGAAACGGAGCCCUAAAGGCAUCAAGAAAUUCUGGGGAAAAAUAAGAAGAACUCAAUCAGGGAAUUUCAACACAGAUGCAAUAGGGAUAGCAGAAUUCCGCCGAGGUGGACUCCGGGCAACUGCAGGACCAAGGCUGUCCAGAACCAGAGACCCCAAAGCUCAAAAGAGCGAUUCCAAUGCUCCUUUUGCCCAGUGGAGCACUGAGCAAGUGUGUUCAUGGCUGGAGGACUUUGGUCUGGGUCAGUAUGUGAUCUUUGCCAGACAAUGGGUGAGCUCUGGCCACACACUAUUGACUGCAACCCCUCAGGACAUGGAAAAGGAGCUUGGAAUUAAGCACCCCCUGCACAGGAAAAAGUUGGUUUUGGCUGUGAAGUCCAUUAACACCAAGCAACAAGAGAAGUCUGCACAACUAGACCACAUCUGGGUAACCCGGUGGCUUGACGACAUUGGCUUGCCUCAAUACAAAGAUCAAUUUCAUGAGUCCAGAGUUGAUGGGCGGAUGCUUCAGUACCUAACUGUGAAUGACCUUCUCUUCUUAAAAGUCACCAGCCAGCUGCAUCAUCUCAGCAUUAAGUGUGCCAUCCACGUGCUCCAUGUCAACAAAUUCAAUCCUCACUGCCUGCAUAGGAGACCUGCGGAUGAGAGCAAUGUUUCUCCUUCAGAAGUGGUGCAGUGGUCCAACCACCGAGUGAUGGAGUGGCUGAGGUCCGUGGACCUGGCCGAGUACGCCCCCAACCUUCGAGGAAGCGGCGUCCACGGCGGCCUCAUCAUCCUGGAGCCCCGCUUCAGUGGGGACACUCUCGCCAUGCUCCUGAACAUUCCUCCUCAGAAGACGCUCCUCCGACGCCAUCUAACCACCAAUUUCAACGUCCUCAUUGGGCCUGUGGCCCAGCAAGAAAAGAGAGACAUCAUGGCGUCCGCGGCCUAUACGCCACUGACCACCACUGCCAAAGUCCGGCCAAAGAAACUAGGAUUUUCACACUUUGGAAAUAUGAGAAAAAAGAAGUUUGAUGAGUCUACAGACUACAUAUGUCCCACGGAGCCCAGCGAAAGUGCAAAUGGCAAUCACAAGGCUUAUGGGGGCCACCGAGGCCUCAGCCCCAGCCCCGGGGAGGAACUGGACAAACUGGAUCAGGUGGGAUACGUCAACUGAUGUCCCUGUCAUCUCCGCAUCUCCGUGCCAAUCCCAGAGCUUGCAAAUAACACUGUGUUAGCUGCCAUGUAACCUCCAGCCUCACUCAUCUGCAUGAACUCACCGAGAAAAGCCAGGCUAUAGAAACCCGAAGCAUUGUGCCUUGACCCCAGAUAUGCCGGGCAACUGACUGGGGCAGUUUGAGGGGCUGGUUUGGUUUGGUUUUGUUUUGUUUUUUUCUCUUUGAGUCAACACUUCUGUCCCAGCCUCUCUGGGAAUUAGUGCCUUUCCUGAGGACAGGCUGUUCAGACUGUUACUAGAGACCAAGAAUGGAAGGAAAACGGUUUUAAGAUUAUGGUUUUUUAAAUGAUUCUUAAUGCCCAUACCCUGCAGAGUCUGCACAAAUAUAAACACUAUUUUCAUUUUAAGAUGUAUUUAAGUGCUAUGAACAUAACUAUGAAUAAAUGUAUAAAAUUUUGUUCUA